CUUUUUUUUUCACUCAAAUCCACAUUUUCCUUCUAAAGAAAAGAAACUUCAUCUAAUGGAAGAUUUCACUGAGUUGAUUCCGGGAUUACCAGAAGAAAUUGCACUCGAGUGCUUGACUCGAAUGCAUUACGGAGUCCAUGAGGUUGCCUCACAUGUUUGUCUUCGAUGGCGUAAUCUCAUCAAGUCUAGAGAUUUUUAUUAUCACCGAAAACAAUGUGGUUUUACUUAUAAAACUGUAUGUUUUGUACAAUCACUUCCUGUAUUAUUAGAAGAAGAGGAAGUUAAUCAAAAACCGAAAAAUCAACCCAAAUAUAGGUUAUCGGUUUUUGAGCCCAUUACUAAUAUUUGGGACCAGGUGAACCUGGUCCCAAAUUACUGUGACGGGUUACCUUUAUUUUGUCAAGUGGCAAGUUCAGAGGGAAAACUUGUCAUGAUGGGCGGGUGGAAGCCAGGUAGUUAUGAGCCGUUACGUGAUGUCUUCAUGUACGACUUCACAACUCGGAAAUGGGCUCAACGAGCCCAUAUGCCAACAACCCGUUCGUUUUUUGCCGCAUCCGGCCGUUAUGGAAAAAUUUACUUAGCGGGUGGACACGAUGAGAACAAAAACGCGCUAAAAAGUGCAUGGGUCUAUGAUAUCACAACCAAUUCUUGGACCGAGUUGGCUCCAAUGAGUGAGGAGCGAGAUGAGUGUGAAGGGGUAUUCAUCGGGGCGGAGUUUUGGGUCAUUAGCGGUUACGACACCGAUAGCCAAGGGCGGUUUAAAAAUUCCGCUGAUGUUUUUGAUACCGAGAGCAACAAGUGGAGGCGCGUGGAAGAGGCAUGGGGAACUAGUAGGUGUCCAAGGGGAUGUGUGAGAGUUGGGCAAAAUGGCAAUAUGACUUGUUGGGGGGAUUCAUAUCCGGCUAUUCAAGUCGGGUCGUGUGGGGUUCACAUUGGUGAUCGGACCUUGGUUACCGGGUCGGCUUUUCAAGGUGGGACGCAAACUUUUUUGUUAACAAACAAUGAUAAGGUAGAACAAAAGUGCAAUUUUAUUAAAGUGGAUACUCCGGAUGAGUUUUCCGGGUUUGUACAGUCGGGUUGCUUUGUUGAAAUCUAGUUACUUGGAUAAGUUGUUACAAAUAUUUUUUUAUAAAUAUACUAGUCCUAAUAUCCGUACGAUGUACGUUAGCUA